AUGGCUGUCUUGAACGAAAACCCUGCUCAAUUCGAGUUCGCUACAUUCAACAGCCUGAAGAUCGAUGCUCAACGGCCAGCCUCGACCAAGGCUCCCUUUCUGUUCAUUGUCAAGACCCCCGCCUCGGACACGUUAUCUCGCUCCACUACCCGCAGCGCGGCUGCAAGCAUCAACAGCCAUGCUCAACGUUGGGCCCAGGGGGUCGCAAUGUCCCAGGGCGCCAAUGUGGCAGGUGGUCCACGCCAUACCGACACCCUGGCCUUCGAGAAAUGCAUGAUGAGAUGCCGUGUGUCUCGGCUGCUGGAGGAACCUAGCAAGUCAGUCAAGUCAAAGCGCUCUGGUUCAGCGAAGAGAGUCGGCCGAUUCGUUGAGAAGCGCUCUCAAAAAUUGACGCUACAGCCAUCGGAGAAGGCCAGUACAGCAACGAGUGAGAAAGAUUCAUCGAGCAGCCCUGAAGCCGAGCCACGAUCACGGGCGAUGUCGCACGAGCGUCGAAUACCCCAGACGCCGCCACUGUCAAGUCCUGAUGGAACAAGGUAUGCGGUUUUGAAUCCCUUCGACUCGACGCCUCUCGCGAACGACGGCGACGUCCAGCCCAUUCUUCAGUAUUUUCUCUCCUUUACGCUUCUGUCCACGUCACAGGGUAGCAAUGGCGGCAAGUCGGCCAACGCCGCCACGAUACAGCACAUCUCAAGCAUCAGCGCCAUCAUGCAGGGGUGCAUGAACAAGAGCGUCCACCUAUAUGCCCUACUAGCGGCUACGGCCAGUCCUAUGCGAAGAGUCUGUGGAGUGUCUUUCCGUCCGGACAACGGACCGGAAAUCUAUCUGCACAAGGCACUGCAAUGCCUUCGGAUGUUGCUCGACGAUAACAGCCAGCCAGCGAUCCAGGACCGUCAGAUCAUCCUGGACAUCUAUUGUCUAAGCGUCUGCGGCUGGUACAUGGAGCGGUAUGAAGAAUCCAAGACACACUUCAACGUCCUCAAACAUUUCUGGAAGUCGCUCAGUCCGGGGCUCUCGACGCUGGACCAGUACAUUUACGACCUGCUCAGCUACAAUACCAUCUUUCUCGAGGCUGAUGCCACCAAGAUUCUCGACUCAACCGGCCCUAGUCAUUUUAACCACCUUGCCGGCGAUGGGAUGAUUCCCCAGCCUCUCGCUUGGCAAGACCAGUAUCCAGUCUCGGUCCGCCACUGCUCGGCGUUGCUCCUGACGCUCGAGCAGAUAGGCUACAGUCCGGAUCUCCGGGAGCUUGUGCGAGAAUUGCCACCGCUCCUGCUUUCCUACCAGCAGUCUGACCUCCAUAGCCUCGAGGGAGAGUGGGCCCAGUGGAAGAGCCGAUCGCUUGUGCUUCGCCUGCUCGAACAACCCAGCUACGGGGACGAGCUGUGCUUUCGCCUGGCGCUCAUCAUCCUCCUCCGAUCCAUCUCCAACACCAGCACCGGUACCUUGGCCACCGGCUUCCCAGUCCGCGAGACCGACAGCGACAUAUCCAUCGACCUAGUCCUGGUCACACGGCGCUUGAAGCUGCAACUGCAGCAUGAGAUCCUGCUGCCGUCCAACGAAAUCUCCCCCGUCGCGCUUGGCAACAGGUCGGCCGCUAUCUGGACCGGCAAGUCCAGCCAUCUUCUGCUCUGGAUUUUGCUCGCCGGGCUCUUCGGCGCCCGACUGACGGACCAGAAGAGCGAAUACGACUGGUUCUGGAGCCGGGUCAAGGCGUUGAUGCGACUCUUGGAAGUCAGCACCAUGUCACGGUUGCGAAAGCUGGUCACGUCUUUCGCCUUUGUGGAGGGCAUGCUGGCCGACCAGAGGAUUGAGGGGGUCUUGGUCGACGAAGGGCUCGAAUGA